AUGUCCGAAAUCCAUGUAGCUGACCUGGCUGAUCUAGCCAAGGGAGCAAUGAAAGAAGUCUCGACUCCGGUCGGCAAAGUCCUGCUCUCCCGAAUUGAGGACAGGGUCUAUGCGACCGCCGCACUCUGUCCGCAUGCCAAGGCUUCGUUGGUCAAGGGCACCCUCUCAAGCGACGGGCGUCUGAUGUGUCCCUGGCACGGCGCCUGCUUCCAUGUUGCCAGCGGCGACAUUGAAGACGGACCUGCCAUAGAUCAUCUGCGAAGCUACAAGGUGUCAGUUCGGGAUGAUAAGGUCAUGUUGGUUCUCGAAGGCAAUGUAUCCCUGAUUCACGCGACCGGCUGGCUCGAUGUUGGCACUGGUUUUCAGCUUGGCUUCUUGGGUAGAAUCCUCAUGAUCACCAGCGAAAGCUACUUGCCCGUCGAACGUCCAAAGAUUGGGAAAUCGCUCAAGAUCGACGCGGCCAAGAUUGCCCUCCGCGAUGCAGCCUACUUUACCGAACGGGAUAUUCUCGUGCGCCUCAAUACGGAAGCUGUGUCAGUGGAUACCGGCGCCAAAACAGUAGUGGUGCAUAACAUUACGUCGGAUCAGCGCGAAUGCAUCAGCUACAACCGUCUGCCACGAGUUCCCCAGAUUCCAGGCCAUGAACUGAGGAACGUGUUUACGAUUCGCCGUGUCGAAGACGCCAAUGCCCUGGACGCCGCUCUCGCGGCAGUCUCUCAAGGGCAGGCGGCUCUUCCCAGGAUUGUCAUCAUCGGGUCCGGGUUCAUCGGACUCGAGGCGGCCGCGGUGCUCGCCAAGAAAGCCAAAGUCGAGAUUGUCGGUCGAGAACGCAUUCCGCUCCAGAAGAUUCUCGGCCCACGUAUUGGCCAAGCGAUACAGAAGCUGCACGAACAGAACGGAGUUGUCUUUCACAAUGAUGGCCAGGUGGCUGAAAUCCGUCCCUCUGGCAAGUUCGUCUUGCUCCUUGUUGCUGCCGGCAACUCUAAUCCAGAAGUUGCGGGCUCCGUUGUUCUCGCCGACGGAAGAGUUCUGGAGGCCGCCAUCGUGAUAUUCGGAGUCGGUGUUGUUCUUUCGACCCAGUUUCUGGAAGGGAGCGCCAUCCAAGUGGAUGCAGACGGUGGAAUUGCUGUGGACAAGUACCUCGGCGUCAAGGGGCAGGAAUAUGUUUAUGCUGCUGGCGAUAUUGCGAGGUACCCCUACCAUUUGGAGGGGGCUGCCGUUCGCAUCGAGCACUGGAAUGUUGCUAUGGACCAGGGCCGCACUGUGGCCAGAAACAUCUACGCCAGAAUGACAGGCAAAUCCGAGCUCCAAGGCUUUCAGUCGGUUCCAUAUUUCUGGAGCACCCAGUACGGAAAGAGCCUGCGAUACUCGGGGCAUUGCCGCGAAGGUUUUGACGAGGUCAUCAUCCAGGGAUCCACUGAUCUGAACCCGGACGGGUCUGGUCUUGGGUUUUGUGCGUUUUACGUCAAGAACAGCCAGGUCGUCGCAGCAUCCAGCAUUGCCCGAGACCCGGUCGUGUCGCAUUUCAGCGAGCUCUUGCGACUUGGCAAAGCUCCAACCCCGGAGCAGCUGCGAAACGGGCUCGAGAUCACCACGGUUUCGAUCUGA